CUCGCCGUGUUUUUGGGCGUUGCCAUGGGAACCGAGUCCCACCCAGAAAAAGCCCAGGAGUUGUUUGAUGAGUUUGUUUCAGCAUCUACCUGCAGGGCGGCGCUGCGUUCCUUCAGCCAGCUUUGCGAGCACCUGGAUCUGGUUCCGGAUCCGGAUCGCGGUGGCGGCGGCGGCGAGCAGCUGCUUUACCGGAGCAUCGAGCGGCGCCUCAGCUACUGGAAGGCCAACGCUCUGUGGGCCAAACUGGACCGUCGGGCUUCUCAGCAGGAAUACUUGCAGAACCGGGCCUGCCGCAACACGACCUGCGCCGUGAUCGGGGCGGGGCCUUGCGGCCUGCGUGCGGCGGUGGAGUUGAGCUUCCUGGGGGCCCGUGUGGUGGUCCUGGAGAAGAGGGACUCCUUCUCCAGGAACAACGUGCUCCACCUGUGGCCCUUCACCAUCCACGACCUGCGCGGACUCGGCGCCAAGAAGUUCUACGGAAAGUUCUGCGCCGGCUCGAUCGACCACAUCAGUAUUCGUCAACUUCAGCUUGUUCUGCUCAAGGUGGCGCUGCUGCUCGGGGUCGAAGUUCACGUCAACGUGGAGUUCAAGCGUGCGGUGGAGCCGCCUCGGGACCAACGACGACGCAAGGUGGGCUGGACGAUAGAGACGUGGCCAACGUCUCACGUUGUCAAUCGGCUGCAGGUCGACGUCAUUGUGGGAGCGGACGGUCACAGGAACACCUUGCCCGGGUUUCGGCGUAAAGAGUUCCGCGGAAGGCUGGCUAUCGCAAUCACGGCUAAUUUUAAAAACCGAAACACUCGCGCCGAGGCCAAAGUGGAGGAGAUCGGCGGCGUGGCGUCCAUCUUCAACCAGAAGUUCUUCCGGGACCUCCGACAGGAAACCGGCAUCGACCUGGAGAACAUGGUGUACUACAAAGACGACACGCACUACUUUGUGAUGACAGCCAAGAAGCGCAGCCUGCUGGACAAACGAGUCAUUUUACAGGACUUUGCGGAAACCGAGCUGCUUCUGUCUCGGACGAACGUGGACCAGAAUGCAUUGCGGGCCUUCGCUCGCACGGCCGCCGACUUUUCCACAAAUGGCCAGCUUCCGUCUCUGGACUUCGCCACGAACCACCACGGACAACCGGACGUGGCCGUCUUCGACUUCACAUCCACGUACGCGUCGGAGAACGCCGCCGUGGUCCGGAGGCGCCGCGGGCACCGGCUGCUCGUCACGCUGGUGGGGGACAGCUUGCUGGAGGUCAGACCCGUUACCAAACGUGCGCGCCUGCGAGGCUCCAAAUGGCCUUUCUGGCCAAUGGGAACGGGCGUCGCUCGCGGCUUCCUGGCCGCGCUUGACGCGUCUUGGAUGAUUCGUGGAUGGUGCCAAGGAGCUUCACCUCUGGACCUCCUCGCUGAGAGAGAGAGCGUGUACCGUUUGUUGGCUCAGACCACGCCAGAGAACAUGCAGAAGAACUUUUCUUCGUACUCUUUGGACCCGUCCAGUCGAUACGUCAACAUCUGUCUGAGCGUCACACCUGAGCAGGUGAGACACUUGGUUGACACGGGGGAGAAGGCGGGGGAAGACGCAGAAACGGUUGACGCCGUUGAAGCGUCGCCAUGGAGACCAGGUGAGAUGACACCGUUUCCGUUUGCACCGGUGCGUCACGUCGCCCGGUCGGAGUCCCUGUCCGAGUCCAAUCGGCUUCUGCGGUGGUGUCGGGAGCAGACCGAAGGUUACAGCGGCGUCGCCGUUAGCGACCUGACGACGUCGUGGAAGAGCGGCGUGGCUCUGUGUGCCCUGGUUCACCGCUACAGACCUGAGCUCAUAGACUUUGACUCACUGAACCCGGCAGCGGAGGAAGAAAACAUUCGCUUGGCCUUUGACGUGUGCGAGCGGGAAUUUGGCAUUUCUCCUCUCGUGACGGCGGAAGAGAUGAAGUCUGCGGCCGAACCGGACCCGCUGUCCAUGGUCGUGUACCUCAGCCGGUUCUACCGGCUGCUCCGAGAUGCCCCGCCCUCUUCGGCAGACUUGGACUUAACCUGGCACGUCAGCAAAGGUCAAAGGUAUCCGGACGUCGUCUCUUUGUCCCUCGAUGAGCGUCCGCCGGCGACGCCUUCAAGCGUCGCUGUGUUUGGUCUGCAGGAGCCCCGGGGCGGUCCGGCUGAGCGGCAGUCUCCCGGCUCCCGAGUGCGUUCGACGGCCGACCUGCUGCAGGCCAAGCUGGGCCGCGACUCUUCUUCUUCCGCCGCCGCCGCCGCCGGUUCUGAGCUCACGCCGGAAGUCGACUCUCGGCUCGUCGCAGACCGCGAGGAGACGACGACGUGCGUCAGCGACGUGUGUUUCUUCUGCCACGAGAAAGUUUACGUGAUGGAGCGUCUGAGCGCCGAAGGUCUUUUCUUCCAUCGUCGCUGCUUCGUGUGCCACCUGUGUCGCGGCACGCUCAGGAUCUCUGCCUACCGUUUCCACGCCGCAAGCGGAACGUUUUCGUGUGCGCAGCGCUGCGAGUCGUCCGCCCGUCGCAGUCCUUCCACGCUCGGCAACAAUCGCGUGCCGUCACGUCGACGGCGGACAUCUUGUACGUCGCUGUUGUCUGCAGAGUCUUGCGUCUCCAUGGCAACAGAGUCUCGCCGUUUGUCAGUUUUUUCCGUGAUGUCAGUGACCCGUGAGCGAAUCGAAUUGGAGAACGACAAAGCGGAGGCGGGGGAGAUCUCUGAGGAGAUCCUGACGGGUUUCAACCUGAGCGCAGAAAAAGACGUCCGGACUUCCAGUUCCGAGUGUGAGGCGGAGGCGCCGACUUUUGCCUGUCAGUCGUCCGAAGCGGCGUGGGAGGAGGCGCUGAUGGGCUGCGAGGAUGGGGAAGAGGAGAACGAUGAAGAGGAAGACGAGGCGGGCAGUGAGGAAGACUCCGGUGACGAUACGAGUGACGUCACGCCGUCUGAGACGCCGCCCCUCGACAAGACUCCGCCUCUCCCCGACACGCCCUCCACCGCCUCCUACAUCGCCAAGGUUGACUCCGCCUCCUCCAUCUGUACCAUCUCUCCUUUUGAGAAAGGGGUUCCGCCCACCGAGGCGCUUGUCGUCACGGAAACCUCGACGGCGGGAGGAGCUUGGCCGUCUUUGGACAACAUCUCUCUGAAGAAGGUCCUCCCGCCGCAAGAAGAAUGUGUAAAGGGGGCGGGGCCAGAUGAUGUGAGGAGGCGUGGCCCACAUCUCAAAGCUCCACCCUUCUGUCAAUCAGAAGUAGGCGGGGCCAGGGCUCUGUGGAAGGCGGUGUUUUCCAGGAACAGGAACAAGAGGAAAGAGCGGGCCUGCGACGCCCCCGUGCCGGAGGACGAUGAUGCGAGCUGGUCCGCCGUGCAGCGCAGAUGCUCGCCGGUGCCCAAAAACGACCUGUGUUUGGAGACCAUCGAGAUGACCGCUCAGUUCGAGAGACUCGCAGUUAACGAGCGGGACGGCGCGGCGCAGCCCGCGUACGUCCCUCAUGCGCUGGCCUUCAAGCGGGCGAGUCCCAUCAAGUUUUUGCGGGAACCCUUCCCAAGAAGAGGUCCUCUUCAGGACUCGGACGGACGUUCGUCCCGCGCCACAGAGGUGGUGGGCGUCCUGGUUCAGCCCGAGGAGCCGUCCGGUCUGAGCGUGCCCGAGAGCCUGUUCCGCACGGAGAACCGGUUCCAAACGGGACGCCGGGAUGAGCAUCUGGACCGCAGGAAGCGCCGUCAGCUUCAGAAGAGCGCCCGCAGACGAGCGAAGCGGCGGGACCUGAAGAGGCUGCACAAAGCUCAGCUGAUCCAGAGACAGCUCCAUCUGGUGGAGGAGGAGCAGCGACGUCUGGAGGCCAGAGGCGUCGCGCUGGAGCGAAGUGUCAGAGGAGAAGAAGGAGCGUCCGCUCAGGAGAAAACGAGCCUCAUGCAGCUUUGGUUCCAGUUGGUCCAGCAGAAGAACGUUCUGGUUCGAUACGAGUCCGAGCUCGCCGUAUUUGCGCGAGAACUGCAGCUGGAAGACCGGCAGAGCGGACUCCAGCGGGAGCUGAGAGAGCGGAUGACGCUGGACGACCGCCUGAAGGACGACGAGGAUUUCGCCAUGGAGUGCGCCAUCCUGGAGGAGAUGCUGGAGGUGGUCGAGCGAAGGAAGGCUCUGGUGCCUCUGCUGGAGGAGCUGCGACUGCAGAACCACCAGGAAGACCAUAAGCUCAAAGCCGCAAUGUUUGGACAGGACUGGACCUGAGCCAGGGACUAAGGACCUCUGAAGACCUGGUCUGAAAUCGACACCACGAUCUGCGAUGUGUCUGUCUAUUGACCUCAAGGUGGGGGCAUAAAGUGUUCAUCCUUCCAAAACUCCAUCCAUCUGUUUUCUGUAGUACCGAUCCCGAUUUGCUACACCCCGGGGACCGGUCGCCUGUAAAUUUGGGAGGGGGGGGAACACAAGCAUCUGCCAGCACACUCGCAGAAUUUCCAGUCUUCGAUCAAGCCAAGGUGUGAACAUGUUUUUGGAAUGCGGGAAGAAAACCCACUGGAGCACGUUGAGAAGGUGCGAAUGGCUUGCGCGAAGGCUGGAAUCCGCCCCAAAGCGAAGCCAAACUUCAUCAAUGAAAAACCAUCGCUGAUGGAUCUGCGUUCCCAUCAUUGGCCGGCGACCCGUCCGGGGCGGACCCGGCCUCUCGCCCCAAAGUCACCUGUGACCUGAAUGAGGAAGCGGCGCUCGAGAAAACAGAUGAAUGGGUCUUCUGAUCGUGUCCCAACUGCAACUGCUCAUCGAGUUCAAUUUGCUGAUUUUAAAAUUCUAAUAAAAAAAAUCAGAAUAAUAAG